AUGUACGUGGAACGAGCGUUCGAAUUAAUAGAUACUGAUUUCAUCGAAUCAGUUUAUAGAGAUAAUUUAAGUGUACAAGAAGCUGCUUUGAAGAUAAAAGUUUUUAAGAACAUCUGUGAGAAUACAUUGGCAUAUGAAUUGAAACUAUUAAAUUCAUUAAACAAAACUCAACCAUCGACUUAUGAGAAGAUAAUUGAACGGCAUCUUAAUAUUGGUGAAAUUUACAGUAAAAAAAGCGAUCAGAAAUGGGCUCGUCAACAUUAUGAUAAAGUCUAUGAAUUGUGCGAAACGAAGAUAUCUUCCAAAAAACAACAAGCACAGUGUCUCUUUGAUAUGGGUCAUCGGUUAUUACUUGCCGAUACUGAAUACGCAUUUCAAUAUGUGAGUAAAGCAUUAGAAAUUCGACUAUUAGUUCUAGAAAGUGAUGAUGUUAACAUUGGUUUCCCUCAUUACGAUAUGUAUAUUCUUUAUGAAUAUAAGGAAACGUUUGAUAUUGCGAUGGAACAUUUACAAAAAGCAAUUGGUAUAUUGGAAAAACAUCUGAAUGAUGAAAAAAACUAUCAAUUCAAUGUGAAAGAACAACUUGUAAUAUGUUAUCAAAAUAGUGCUUCCAUGUAUAAUAAGAGACAAGAAUUUCGCAAAGCAAUAGAAUAUUUGAUCACAGCAGUGAGUAUUAUCGAAUGUUUCUUUUCUGAUCUACCG